ACACAACACGCAUCUACAUUCCACACACAGAUAGAAGCAGAACAGACCCUCGUCUCGUACUCUCGAUAGUCGUCUUCUUCGUCGCCUCCGCCUCCGACCUCCACGCAAUCUCCGAGUCUAAGCUCGCCGCCAGGUAUCCAUCACGAGAAUCUCGAAAUUUGGCUCGCGAUUUUACCGGUCUCCGCCCAUUCCAGGGGCUUCCCUGUUUCAGGCUGAAAACAUGUUGAUUUCGGGGCAUUUGAGGCUGAAAUUUGUGAAUUUGUGAUUGUGAGGUUCUGUCUGAGGUUGUGAGUUCAGGACUUAAUUUGUGAGUUUGCUGAAAUAUGUUGUUGAGACGGAAUUUUUGAGGUUGUAUCUGAAAUUUGUGUAUUUGAACUUAACUCGUUGGUUGUUGAGACUGCUUUUCUCAGGCCCGUCCUGCCCCGCCAAUAGGCAGGCUUUGGUGGGCUACGGGCUGGCCCACCCUGCCGGCCUGUUUUGACAGCUCUAUUGACAAGUAAUGCUAGCAAUGUCUCAAUCAAGCUUAACAUUUAUAAAUUGUAGCCAACUUCCUCACCCAUUUGUAUUUAUCGAUUUGCUUAUUUAUUUUCCAUUUUCUGGGGUUUCGCUUUGUUGUCCCGAGCUUUUACUCCAUGCAUGGAGGAAGAACAUUGAUGAGGGAACAAAAGAAAGAACAAUGAAAAAGAAAAGAAUGAAUCCCCAGCGCUAGUAAAAGAGAGUAUGGUGGCGGCGGUGGUUUCUUUUCCACACGCCCCUUUGAGUAUGCGCCGCUCCUAUAGCGACAGUAACAGAUUUGGCAUUAUUACUGUUGGCUCCAAUUCCAUGAGAUGCUGCUUUUCAGUUUCUUCAGUUGAUGGGGAUAUUGCAACCAGAAAUAGAAGGAUUGCGUGUGCAUGUGUCGCUCUGCCUCAGGACCUCUCAUCAUCCAGAUAUAUUGGUCCUCAUAAAAUAGCAAACUCAAGUAUCAAGAAGGACGAAGAAGAUGAGUCAGAUGUCCUUAUUGAAUGUAGAGAUGUAUACAAAUCCUUCGGGGAGAAGAACAUAUUAAGAGGUGUGAGCUUCAAGAUUAGGCAUGGAGAGGCUGUUGGAAUUGUUGGUCCAUCUGGGACAGGUAAGUCAACCAUUUUGAAGAUUAUGGCUGGGCUUCUUGCGCCAGACAAGGGUGAGGUUUUCAUCCGAGGAAAAAGACGACAUGGGUUGAUCAGUGAUGAGGAAAUAUCUGGUCUUAGAAUUGGCUUGGUGUUUCAGAGUGCAGCACUUUUUGAUUCUCUGACUGUUCGUGAAAAUGUCGGUUUUUUGUUGUAUGAAAAUUCUGCUAUGCCUGAAGACCAAAUUGCCGCGCUAGUGACAGAAACUUUGGCUGCUGUUGGAUUAAAGGAAGUUGAGGAUCGAUUACCUUCUGAAUUGUCGGGUGGGAUGAAAAAGAGAGUUGCUCUGGCACGUUCUAUAAUAUUUGAUACAACAAAGGAUACAAUAGAGCCUGAGGUACUCCUAUACGAUGAGCCAACAGCCGGUCUUGAUCCGAUUGCAUCCACUGUUGUUGAAGAUCUAAUUCGAUCCGUUCAUAUGAAAGGUGAGGAUGCACUUGGGAAGCCUGGGAAGAUUGCAUCUUAUGUAGUCGUCACUCAUCAACAUAGCACCAUCAGAAGAGCUGUUGAUAGGUAGUCAUAGAUUUCUAUUCAUUUACUUCCUCUAUGAGAAGUCUUAUUCUUCUAGUCUUGUUGUGCCCCUCACCAUUUGCGAUUUAUAUAGUCCUACUAAUAACAAAACCAUAUCCAGACUGUUAUUUUUGCAUGAAGGGAAAGUUGUGUGGCAAGGAAUGACACAUGAGUUUGCUUCAUCGACAAAUCCGAUUGUUCAACAGUUUGCAUCGGGGAGUUUGGAUGGGCCGAUCAAGUAUUAACAGGUGAGGCCAUGUGGAAAAGGUUAAUCAAUCAAACAAGUUGAGAUGGUGCUUCAAUUGUGAAGAACUCUUGCCAUUCAUCAUCAUAAUCCCAGUGAGGCAGGAGUGUUUGCUGCUAACAGAUGAGUUGUGGAAGUUUCUGUUUCUAUCUGCUGCGGGUUUUAUUUGCUCUAGGGACACCUUUGAUCCUCUGUUUAUUAGUGCACACUGGGUUCUGUGUGAGAAUUUCAUUCCUUAGUAUAACUUGUUUUCAGAAACAAACUUGUUUUGCUCACAUUCAUACAACUUGCAAUAUUUUAGUAUUAUGUAUCCUGUAGUGUAUAAUUGAGGUGGGGGAAGGAAUCAGAUAUAUUCCCCUCAAGUUGGCAGUCUCUUUCAUUUUUCUUCAUGUGGCUCAAGAACAAGCAUUUGAUUAUUUGCAUAAGCCGACAUCUCACAAGUUUCCUAGCAUGGCCAAUAACAAGCACACAUGACAAUACUCACCACCAUGCCAUGCUAAUUAUAUUACCUCAAAAU